CUCGUGCUACCUGCCCUGGCCCUGCUCAGCGCCAGCGGCACCGGCUCGGCCGCUCAAGGUAAGGGGGUCCGCCGAGCUCCGCGCCACCUCCCUUCGCUUCUUCCUUUCCUCCUUCUUCCUUUCCUCCUCCCCAGUUCCCCUGGCUUCCUUAACCCGCCUCGUCUUCCUCAACUGGAAACCACUUUAAAUUCUACUUUCCCAACUAGUCAAGAAGCUUUGGUUAGGAUGAUUUUGAAUCUGUCUUCCGAGAUGGGCACGGAUGGGCCCGGACGCGCGGGGUGUAGGACCCACGUCUGUCUCCGGGCAUGUGUCUCUUGCACUUUAUGCUGCACGCUCACACGUUGUUGUACCUUGCGCACAGCGAGGUUUGGAGAGACUCUGGGCGCGGGUGGCUGCGUGGCCUGCAGUAGAGGCCCCGUGACGCGCAGAGGCUCCCUGCGCUGUGCCACGUCGGGGGUUGCCGGAUCCUCGCUGAGUCUCUGAGCGCCACACGCCGAAGGGCGCUCCGCUACGGAAACGUGUCCGUGGCGGCCGAGGACCCGCUGGCGCCGGUGGCCCUCGGCUGCUGCUCGGGGCGCUGCGGAGACUCGCGGCGCCCCCGGACCCGCGCGCCGCAGCCCGCAGCAGGCCCCGGGGUGUGCGCGCCUCCUCCGCCCUCUUACCCUCUCCUCUCCGGCUCUCCGUCCCAGCCGGCGACGGAGAAACGUACCUCCCCUGCCGCCGCCCCCCCUCCCCGGCUCUAGAGGAAACGGACUGGUCGUUCAAACCAAAGCCGAAACUCCCCGGGGUAACCGGCCACUUUAUAACUCUGACAUUUUAAUUUGAUGCGUCUGAGCUUGAAAAUAAGUGUCCGGGGCUCUGGGCAAAACCGGGAUGGGGGAGAAGCUCGGCCAGGAGUUGCGGGUGGGUAAGGGAGAAGGGGAGGCCCGGGGGCUGGCUGCCUAGUUUCCUUCUCGCCCUCCGAGGGUGAGGCGAUAGAGGCAAAUCCCAGCCUUCCGAGCCUGGGAAGCUGAGUGGAAGGGAGACUGCGAGGAAGGAGCCCAGGCGCCCCUCUCCGGGGUCUCUCUCGGGUCGUCUGGGCCCCCAGUGCCCCCGCCACCCUCUGGACAAGCCGAGGGCCCACCUGGGUCUUAACCGCCCAGUUUUGUGGCGGUCGCUGGCACAGGGGAGGGAGCUCAGCUCUUCCUUGGGAUAGGGGUGCGAGGGAUGGAGGAGGCUUCUGCAGCGUUCGGAGGUAAUCCCAUCCUCUCGGUUACACUCGCUCCAAAGUUGGAAAGCAGAGGAGGUGCGGCGAUAGCCUCAACUCCCCGGAGAUGCUCAGACACUCCGGAUGUUACCGACAGCAUCCCCCUCAGAUCUGCGGAGGCGCUGGUGACCAGGACGUUGGAGGCGGAGGGGGGCGCUGAGCGUAGGCUAGUGUGUUCCGGGUCGGGAGAGGACGACUUUUUUCAUGAACUCCCAGAAACCUUUCCAUCUGAUCCACCUGAGCCUCUGCCACAUUUCCUUAUUGAGCCUGAAGAAGCUUAUAUUGUGAAGAAUAAGCCUGUGAACCUGUAUUGUAAAGCCAGUCCCGCCACCCAGAUCUACUUCAAGUGCAAUAGUGAAUGGGUUCAUCAGAAGGACCACAUAGUAGAUGAAAGGGUAGACGAAACCUCUGGUCUCAUUGUCCGGGAAGUAAGCAUUGAGAUUUCACGCCAGCAAGUGGAAGAACUCUUUGGGCCUGAAGAUUACUGGUGCCAGUGUGUAGCCUGGAGCUCGGCGGGUACCACCAAGAGCCGGAAGGCCUACGUGCGCAUUGCAUAUCUGCGGAAGACAUUUGAGCAGGAACCCCUGGGAAAGGAAGUAUCCUUGGAACAGGAAGUCUUGCUCCAGUGUCGACCACCAGAAGGGAUCCCAGUGGCUGAAGUGGAAUGGUUGAAAAAUGAAGAUAUCAUUGAUCCUGUUGAAGAUCGGAAUUUUUAUAUUACUAUUGAUCACAACCUCAUCAUCAAGCAGGCCCGCCUCUCGGAUACUGCAAACUAUACUUGUGUUGCCAAAAACAUUGUCGCCAAGAGGAAAAGCACGACCGCAACUGUCAUAGUCUAUGUAAACGGUGGCUGGUCUACCUGGACAGAGUGGUCUGUGUGUAAUAGCCGCUGUGGACGAGGGUAUCAGAAGCGCACAAGGACCUGCACCAACCCAGCCCCACUCAAUGGUGGUGCCUUCUGUGAAGGGCAGAGUGUGCAGAAAAUAGCCUGCACCACGUUAUGCCCAGUGGAUGGCAGGUGGACCUCAUGGAGCAAGUGGUCAACUUGUGGGACCGAGUGCACGCACUGGCGCAGGAGGGAGUGCACGGCACCAGCCCCCAAGAACGGAGGCAAGGACUGUGACGGCCUCGUCCUGCAAUCCAAGAACUGCACGGAUGGUCUGUGCAUGCAGAGUUUCAUUUAUCCUAUUUCAACUGAGCAGAGAACCCAGAAUGAAUAUGGAUUUUCUUCUGCUCCUGAUUCAGAUGAUGUUGCUCUGUAUGUUGGCAUUGUGAUAGCUGUGAUAGUGUGCCUGGCCAUUUCUGUAGUUGUGGCCCUCUUUGUGUAUCGGAAGAAUCAUCGUGACUUUGAGUCUGAUAUUAUUGACUCUUCUGCACUCAAUGGAGGCUUUCAGCCUGUGAACAUCAAGGCAGCAAGGCAAGAUCUCCUGGCAGUACCCCCAGACCUCACGUCAGCUGCAGCCAUGUACAGAGGACCCGUUUAUGCCUUGCAUGAUGUUUCGGACAAAAUCCCAAUGACCAACUCUCCAAUUCUGGAUCCACUGCCUAACCUGAAAAUCAAAGUGUACAAUACCUCAGGGGCUGUCACACCCCAAGAUGACCUCUCUGAGUUUGCAUCAAAGCUGUCCCCUCAGAUGACCCAAUCCUUGUUGGAGAAUGAGGCCCUCAACCUGAAGAAUCAGAGUCUAGCAAGGCAGACGGACCCAUCCUGCACUGCAUUUGGCACCUUCAACUCCCUCGGCGGUCACCUUAUCAUUCCCAAUUCAGGAGUAAGCAUGCUGGUUCCCGCUGGGGCCAUUCCCCAAGGGAGAGUCUACGAAAUGUAUGUGACUGUACACAGGAAGGAAAAUAUGAGGCCGCCCAUGGAGGACUCUCAGACACUCUUGACCCCUGUGGUGAGCUGUGGGCCUCCAGGAGCUCUGCUGACCCGCCCUGUCAUCCUCACUAUGCAUCACUGCGCAGAUCCCAAUACCGAGGACUGGAAGAUACAGCUCAAGAACCAGGCAGCGCAGGGACAGUGGGAGGAUGUGGUGGUGGUCGGAGAGGAAAACUUCACCACCCCCUGCUACAUUCAGCUGGACGCAGAGGCCUGCCACCUCCUCUCCGAGAACCUUGGCACCUACUCCCUGGUUGGGCAGUCCACCACCAAAGCAGCCGCCAAGCGCCUGAAGCUGGCCAUCUUCGGGCCACUCUGCUGCUCCUCUCUGGAGUACAGCCUCCGUGUCUACUGUCUGGAUGACACUCAGGAUGCCCUGAAGGAAGUCUUGCAGCUCGAGAGACAGAUGGGAGGACAGCUCCUAGAAGAACCUAAGGCUCUUCACUUUAAAGGCAGCACCCACAACCUGCGCCUGUCCAUUCAUGAUGUCGCCCAUUCCCUCUGGAAGAGCAAAUUGCUGGCCAAAUAUCAGGAAAUUCCUUUCUACCACAUCUGGAGUGGGUCUCAGAGAAACCUCCACUGCACGUUCACUCUGGAAAGAUUUAGCCUGAACACAGUGGAGCUGGUCUGCAAACUCUGUGUGCGGCAGGUAGAGGGAGAAGGGCAGAUCUUCCAGCUAAACUGCACCGUGUCCGAGGAACCUACUGGUAUCGAUUUGCCUCUGCUGGAUCCAGCGAGCACCGUCACCACCAUGACGGGACCCAGUGCUUUCAGCAUCCCUCCCCCUAUCCGGCAGAAGCUCUGUAGCAGCCUGGAUGCCCCACAGACGAGAGGUCAUGACUGGAGGAUGCUGGCCCAUAAGCUAAACCUGGACAGGUACUUGAAUUACUUUGCCACCAAAUCAAGUCCAACUGGCGUCAUCCUGGAUCUCUGGGAAGCACAGAACUUCCCAGAUGGAAACCUGAGCGUGCUGGCAGCUGUCUUGGAGGAGAUGGGAAGACAUGAAACAGUAGUGUCGUUAGCAGCAGAAGGGCAGUAUUGACCCAGGCUGGGGCUGAGAAUGAAGGAGGAGAGUCACGGGGAGUCUGUGGACGUCCAGGGGCUCAGAGCUGAGGAGGAAACCCAGUCUAGACCAGUGAGCUCCACAGGCAAGAUUGCAGCGGGAGAGAGAAGGAAAACAGACACAACUACCAAUAUACAUGCCCACUCUACUCGGACAUCGUCACAGGAGUUAAGAACAAUUGUACAAAUGUGUAUCUUGAAUUUAGAAAUCAACCUAAUUUUCCUCUUAGUUGGGCUGUAUGCUGUGUGGUACAGGAUCUUACAGUUUCCUAGGAAACGCUUUUUAUUGCUAUCCAGAUAUAUGGAUAAACUUUCUUAACAAACCCAGUUUCUACAAACGUUGUUUACAUCAAAUUGGACAGGGAUGCAGACACUGUCCAUGGCUCGUUCUAUUUUUGUUUAAAUCAUUUGAAGUUGAAGCUGUGGACGGUUUGCUGUGUCUCUUUCAGAUUAGUAAUUUACAGAGAAAUCACAGACUUUUCCUACAAAUCAUGUGCAUCAAGUGUCUCAGAGAUAAUCCUCCCAUCAGUGUUCUGUUUCUAGAACUUGUAGAACCAGUGUUACUGUUUGUAUCAGGGAAGUGGAGAAUCUAAGUAUAAAGGAGAGAGAGCUAAGACUUCCUUAUUCCUUGAGGGCACCCACCUCAUGCCCUUGGGGAAUAAAGCUAUAGCGUGGCAGGGAAGACAGGGAUUCAUGUUCAGCCACACAAACAAGCAUUUUUUUUUUCACAACAUGUGUGUUUGUAAUAUGCAACUUGAAGUGGUUUUUUUUAAAAGAAAGGUAUUAUUAUUAUCAUCAUCAUUAUUAUUGAUGAGUAUUUACAAGUAUUCUAGUAAAAGGAUUUUCUUUUAACUUGUUUUUGUUAGCAGUACUGUUAGUAUUUAGGUAUUGACCUGACCCGGGCACCUUCUCUUAACAAGGUGGGCGUGGUCACCAGUUUAAUUAAACAGGCAUUGCUUCCUUGACCUUUUGUCUUUCUCCCAUCAUUCUGCCUGGAAAGGAGGUAAAUGCUUACUGGCUUUGUCAGUCUGGUCUCUGAGCUUGCUCAGGCAGGGGCUUUGUCCCCUGAGUCUCGUCACGAGAAGCGUUCAAGUGUUCUGAUUCAGGCUUUACUCAGCAUUGUGGUCACACAGCCCCACACACCUGUCGUGGGUCCUCUGUCAGUGUGGUUGAAGGAACAACCUCUGAGCUGGAAACCGGUUCUCAUUCUGGGUUUGUCAUUGUCUAGCUGUGCUACCUUGGGAGAGUCAUUUACCCUCACUGGACCUCAGCUUCCUCACCUGUAAACUGAAGGGAUGGGAUUAGAUCAGCUCAAGGUUCUAAAAUGCUCGACUUCCACUGUGAUGCUCCCAGUCUCCGUCAUCAGUAUGAAGGCCACAAUGGACGCUGACCUGGAUCAUUUAAAGAUUCAUCUAGCCUUUCGCCCAGGCUACAUUAUGCCUUUCAAAUAGUUCCCACUUGGAAGAUAAUUAUUCUAACCUGUAACAUAUUUGUCAUGCUUUCAAGUCUUGUCUUUGUGUCAUUGCAUCACGCUGUUCACCCAGAGAUGGCAUCCCUUUUUAUCACUUUCUUUCCUCUCUUGGGACCAGUUGCCUUCCUGACUAGUUGCAAAUUAUGUUCUAUUAUUGUCUUGGUCAAAAUUUUUUUAAUUAAAAAAAUUUUUAACUGAAAAAUAGUCAACAGACUACUUUGUGUAAACUAUGAUAUUUCCUGAGGACCAUCACAGGCUCUUUGUUUUAACACAGGGACUCAAUUCAUUCAGCAGGUGGGGAAUAAAGAGUCAACAGCCCAGGAGCCAAACCAAGAUUGAACAACAAGCUCCCGUGCGUAUGAAUCAGAACUUUCAAACAUGGCUGUGGUUAACUUUUGGGCUGGAGGUAUCCAAGUUGCUGACUGGAUUUGAAUUAGAAAUAAUUUUAUACCCUUUUCCCCUUCUUUCCACACAUAUUUCCUCUCCUGACUAUUUUGGUAACUUUUUGAUAUUCCCAGGUUCCUCCAUCCUCAUCAUCGAGAAACUGCUGAUACCUUGUGGGGAGCCUUUCUUUCCUGCCUUUUUAUUUCUUAUCUUUUGUUUUAGAUGCAUAUUCCAUAAUCUCUCUCAGAC